GAGGAGACGGUACCGCAGGAGGAGCCGCCYGAACCGGAGCCGCCGGCCGAGGCGGCCGGAGCCGCCGGCAGCGGCGUCAACGGCGCCGAGCGGCCGCCCGAGGAAGGGCCGAGCGGCGACGAGGCGGCCGCCGCCGAGGCCAAGGAGGAGGAGGAGGAGGACGAGGCCGCGCGGGCCGCCGACGAGGAGGACAAGGCGAAGGCGGCGGGCUCGGACGCGGAGCGCCGCGGCCUCAAGCGGCAGCGCGACGAGAAGGACGAGCACGGCCGCGCCUACUACGAGUUCCGCGAGGAGGCCUACAACAGCCGGUCCAAGUCUCCCCCUCCGCCCGAGGAAGAGCCCAGGGAAGGGGAAGAUGAUGAGACCGUCGUCAUCCUGGACACCUAUACUUCCGACCUGCACUUCAAGGCCAGCAAGGACCGCUAUGGAGGACAGCCCCUCUUCUUCGAGAGGUUCCCUGCGCUCUGGUCCGGAGCCAGGGGCACCCACGGCGUCACCCAGGGCAAGGUGUGCUUCGAGGCCAAGGAGCUGGACGCCAAGAGCCGGGACCUGCUCGUCCAGCAGGCCGCUCAGUGCCUUAGCAAGCUGGUCCAGAUCGCGCCCCGGGCCCGGAGGAACUUCAUCCUCGACCAGUGCAACGUGUACAACUCCGGGCAGCGGCGGAAGCUCCUGGCCUUCAAGGGCUUCACCCGCAAGGUCGUCGUCAUCGUCCCCACCGAGGACGACUGGAAGAAGAGGCUGGAGCUGCGCAAGGAGGCCGAAGGGGAGGACGUGCCCGAGUCGGUGAUGCUGGAGAUGCGAGCCAAUUAUUCCCUGCCGGAGAAGAGCGACUACCUGGACGAGGUGGUUUACGGGGAGCUGCCCAAGGAGGAGGCCCAGCCUCUGGUCACCAAGUACAGGGAGGAGGCCAGGAAGCUGCUCCCGCCGUCGGAGAAGCGGGCGAACCGCCGCAACAACCGCAACAAGCGGAACCGCCAGAACCGCAACCGCGGCCAGGGCUACGUGGGCGGGCAGCGCCGCGGCUACGACAACCGGCUCUACGGGCAGCAGCAGUACUGGGGACAGCCUGGAAACCGCGGGGGUUACCGCAACUUCUACGACCGCUACAGGGGCGACUACGACCGGUUCUACGGCCGCGACUACGAGUACAACCGGUACCGCGACUACUACCGCCAGUACAACCGCGAGUGGCAGAACUACUACCAGGACAGAGACCGGUACUACCGGAACUACUACGGCUACCAGGGCUACCGGUGAACUCCCUACAGCCGCGCCGGGAAAGC